CCUUAAAUUCGCUGAAGAUAAGAAUUGAUAGUUACGCGCACGAUCAAAACUUAUUUUAUGGAAUGACGGAAGAAAACAACGGCGGAAAUGAAUGAACUGAAGAAUAUUUGUAUUGUAACAGUCGUCAUUGGUGCCUGUUUAUUACAAGUACCUGCGAUGCGAUGCUAUUCAUGCAAAAACUUUCAAACAAGUGAAGACUGUAUGAACGUGACCCAGUGUACGUUUAAUGAGGUUUGUUAUGCUCGUGCCGAUGGUUUAUCUACCGGAGAUGUUCAAUAUACAGUAGGGUGCUCACGUGAUAGGUCUGCAGUAAGAGAAGAUUCAACAUUUUGUUCGGAUGUUUGCAUGGAAAACCUGUGCAAUUUGAAUAAGUGUAACAUUCCAGUUUCUCCUAAAGGAAAGUCGGACAGACCUCCGCGCUGUCUGUCUUGUGAAUUAACAACCAGUCCAAACAUUUGUACAAACUUGGUGCAAUGUAACGAAAACGAGAUAUGUUAUGUACGUGAAGUUACAGUAUAUGGAAAUAAAAGAUUUCGGCUCGGUUGUAUGAAUAAACAGCACUGCUCUACGAGAUCCUCCGUCACAGCCAAUCCGAUAACAAUUGUUGGAAAACGUUUCACAAGCUCCACAAAUUCGUCGGCUUUAACGUGUUCUGUGUGUUGUGAAAACGACCAUUGUAAUGCACUAGCAUGUCAGCAAAAUCUGCAUUUAUCUGUCGGGCCCUCACACCAACUUGACCUGAUAGGUGACAAUACUACAUGUGUAGACAAAAACGUAGAUGCAUGUGUUGCAUUCGGAAGUCUUGACAGUAACGCAUGUGUAAUUCUACCAAAAGUUGAUGAGAUGUGCCCGAAAACCUGUGGGAUCUGCGGACAUUUUGGAUGGUCCGAAUGGAGCAUAUGGUCAGAUUGCUCACAGACUUGUAAUGAAGGAACAGUUACGAGAACAAGGACAUGUCUUCAUCAGAUUGAUAUCGCGCAUGCGCACAAUUGUAUAGGUGGUAGCAAAGAGAGUAAAAGCUGUAAUGAUGGAAUAUGCUUAAUCGAAGGUACGUGGUCCGAUUGGGAAUCGUGGGGUUCGUGUUCGCUAACCUGUCUAAAUGGAACAAGAAGUAGAGUCAGGCACUGUACUAGCACAGACCAAAGUCAAGGUGGCUUGUUUUGUUCAGGCGAUCAUUUAGAUAUUUCAUUUUGCAACCAACAGGCUUGUCCAGUUGAAACAACAUGUCCAGACAAUUGGAUUGCUUAUCAUUCUUCGUGUUACUUCUUUGAACACUCUGCUGUAACAUUUUCAAAUGCACAGAGCUUUUGCCAUGCACGGAAAUCGACAAUGGUGCAUAUAGAAUCGGCGAGUGAAAAUACCUUCAUUGUGGAUCAUCUCAACACGUUUUCAAAUCCAGGUAAUGGUUGGUGGAUAGGUAUGACCGAUAGUGACGUUGAAGGAACGUGGAAAUGGACAGACACAAACCAGCGUGUCAAUUAUACUAACUGGAAUACAAGUGAGGGUAAUUCGGAUGGUGAAGAUUGUUGUAUACUCUACCCAAGUUACAGUUUCAAGAUGGCCGAUGUCGGAUGUGAGACCUUUAAUGCGAAACCGCUUUGUGAAUUGAAAUAAAGCAUGGAUGAAUAAAUUGUGUGCUUGAGUUUCUGUAAUCGGAAAAUCAAAUUCUUACACAGUGUUACUUUCCCUUUCUGGUAAAGUAGUCUCUGACAUCACGUAUAAAUUGUAUAGAAAUUCGACCGUCUUACAUUUAUUUCAUUUUUGAAUUUUGUUGUACAAAGUUUAUAUCUUGACAUCUAAAUAUG